GGCAGAAAAAAAUGCGCCUGGAACCCAAGCAUUCAAUUUUUGCAGUGGUGAGAGACUGCCCCACCAGCAUCGAAGAGAACUUCAUCGACGUUGCACGGAAACGCCAACCGCCUACAAAUCCUAAUCAAGAUGGCCCCCUCACAGAAACGGAAGCCAAUUGAAGACGACUUCAUCCACACAAUCUCCGACAACGAGGACGGCAUCGUCGAGGAGGAGCAGAUCACUGCGCAGCCCCCGAAGAAGAAGGCAAAGACCGCCAAGGUUGUCAAGAAGCCACUACGGGAGGCUACCCCCGAGGACGAUGAGGAGGAGGCGCCAAAUGGAAUUUGGGGCAACAAUGACGACGACGAUGGCGCCAUGGACUCGGAAUUCGAGUUUCUUGCCGAGGAGGCCGGCGACAAUGACGCCGUGGAAUUCGAGGGAUGGGGCCUUGACAGCGCAAAGAAGGGAAUGAAUACCAACAAACCUGGCGUGGACAUCGACGAGAUCAUCCGCCGCCGCCGGGAGAAGAGGGGUGAAAAAGCCCCCGAGGCGGAUGUUGACGAACUGGACCACAUGAACGUCGACCUCGACGAUGACGACGAUGAGGUCCUGGCCGACGACGCAUUUGGUAUGAACAUUGAUUCUGAGGCCGAGAACUCCGACGGUGAGGAGAAGGAAGCCGGAAGCGAGGACGGCGAUAACGACGAGGGAGACGAGGACGACGAUGCAGCUUCCGACAACGACUCUGUUGCUACCCCCGUCGGCCACCCUGACGACGACGUCUCAGACGCUGGCAGUGAUGACGAGGUAGAGGAUGCCGAGGAAGCAGCAAAGCGCAAGGCGUUCUUCGCUCCCGAGGAAGCAGAAAAGCCCGGGAAGAAGGUGGUCAUGUCAAACUUCAAUGGCAUGUCACUGUCUCGACCGAUCCUGCGAGGUCUUGCUGCCGUCGGCUUCUCCAAACCUACUCCUAUUCAGGCCAAGUCUAUCCCCAUUUCCCUGAUGGGCAAGGACGUUGUGGGUGGUGCAGUGACUGGAUCUGGAAAAACAGGUGCUUUCGUUGUACCUAUCUUGGAACGGUUGCUAUAUCGACCCAAGAAAAUCGCCACCACUCGCGUUGUCAUUCUUACACCCACUCGUGAGUUGGCUAUCCAGUGUCACGCAGUCGCGACGAAGCUUGCCGCCUAUACGGAUAUCAAGUUUACGCUGGCUGUCGGUGGUUUGAGUCUUAAGAUGCAGGAGGCCGAGCUGCGCAUGCGACCAGAUGUCAUCAUCGCAACCCCUGGUCGAUUCAUCGAUCACAUGCGCAACUCUGCCAGUUUUGACACCAAUACCGUCGAGAUUCUGGUUCUGGACGAAGCUGAUCGAAUGCUCGAGGACGGAUUUGCGGAAGAACUGAAUGAGAUUCUCACCACUCUCCCCAAGUCACGCCAGACUAUGCUCUUCUCUGCCACCAUGACAUCUACCGUCGAUCGUCUGAUUCGCGUGGGUUUGAACAAGCCCGCUCGAGUUAUGGUUGAUUCACAAAAGAAGACUGUCACCACUUUGGUCCAAGAGUUCGUUCGCUUGCGACCAGGUCGAGAAGAGAAGCGUAUGGGUUACUUGGCAUAUGUCUGCAAGAAGCUUUAUGCCGAAAGGGUUAUCAUCUUCUUCCGUCAAAAGAAGGAUGCCCACCGAGCCCGCAUCAUUUUUGGUCUUCUCGGCCUGACCUGUGCGGAGCUUCACGGUAGCAUGAACCAAACACAGCGUAUUGCAAGUGUGGAAGACUUCCGAGACGGCAAGGUGUCCUACUUGUUGGCCACCGAUCUUGCGUCCCGUGGUUUGGAUAUCAAAGGAGUCGACACCGUCAUCAACUACGAAGCGCCUCAAUCGCUGGAGAUCUACCUCCACAGAGUCGGUCGUACUGCCCGAGCUGGACGUAAGGGUACCGCCCUCACCCUGGCUGCGGAGCCCGAUCGCAAGGUCGUUAAGGCUGCUGUUAAGGCAGGCAAGGGCCAGGGAGCCAAGAUUAUCAGCCGAGUGAUCGAGGCUUCGGAAGCCGACAAGUUGCAAGACCAGAUUGACGACAUGGAUGACGAAAUUGAGGAAAUCCUGAAGGAAGAACAGGAGGAGAAGCAUCUCGCCCACGUCGAGAUGCAGGUCAAGAAGGGCGAGAACCUGAUGGAGCAUGAGGCUGAGAUCAAGGCUCGUCCCAGGCGAACGUGGUUCGAGUCCGAGCACGACAAGAAGAAGUCAAAGCAGGCUGGUGACGAGGAACUGAACGGCAUGCGGGAGGCCAUGAAGAAGAAGACGGGAAAGCUGAGCAACAAGGACAAGAAGCGACUAGACAACAAGGCCCUCCGCAAAGAGGGUGGAGAGUGGAGGAAGGGCAAGACCUCCGAGGCUGACAUGAAGGCCAGAGCCAAGGACAAGGCCAAGUCCAAGACCAAGGGUGGAGAAAAGAAGGUUCCUAACAAGGGCAAACCGAAGGCUCGGAUGGGCGGCAAGCGAAGAUGAACAGCUGGUGUAUGAGACACAGGUCACCAAUGUAUAGACAGGCUAUAAAUAUCCCGAGGGGUUUAAUGCGGGCGUUAUAAACCGAUCAUGAUUCAAGCUACUGUCCCGAGUCCCGUGAGGAGGAGAGGCUGAGAACGUAUCUGUGCAAUUUAUAUCUAAACGUGUCUGUACUACGCAGAGUAACCUGGUACUACCUAAUCGCUC